CAAUAACAUAAACCACUGAAAGAAGCAUUUCAGCCCCUGGUAUUUUUCUAUUCUGUGGGCGUUCAUUUGCCCAUUUACCUUGACAUCUCCAUCUUCCUAUAUAUAACAACCUCCUUCACUCUUCUUACUCCAUCAAAUCUACAAAACUAGUAAUCAAUUAUCUCUGUCAACUAAACAGCCACAAAAUCACUUAUUAUAGAUUUCAAGAAUCAUUAACACAGAAGAUGAGUUCAACAAGCAGAGCAUGGGCAGCAGCAGCCAGUGUUGCAGUUGUGGAAGCAUUGAAAGAUCAAGGUGUAUGCAGAUGGAACCAUACUCUAAAGUCGGUUCAAAAUCAUGUCAAAAACAAUGUUAGAUCUUAUUCUCAAGCAAAGAAACUUUCAUCCUCCUCUUCUUCUUCUUCUGCUAUGGUUUCCACUAAAAGACAAAAAGAGAAAGCGAAGCAAUCAGAAGAAUCUUUGAGAACAGUCAUGUACCUGAGUUGUUGGGGUCCCAAUUAAUUAGAGAAGUCUAUAUUCUUUAAUCUCUCUUCAUGUAUUGUGCAGCCUUGAAAGAAAUUGAUGUAAAUUAUGAUCAAUUAAUCAAGAUAGCAAGCAACACUGAAUUUCUCUACA